AUGCAGCAAAGCCUAUGGACAGAUAUAAAAGCGCUACUCGAAGAAUUUGUGAAAUAUUUGGAAGAUGAGAACCUAGACGACCUUGCAGCUAAUUGUUCAAACACGGGUUAUAAACGUCCGCACACGGACCGCGGUACGGCCGUUGCUAACGCGGGGGACAGAAUUAUGUGCACACUCAUGUCACGAGCAUUAUUUUUCAUGAAUGAGAACAGUUGGAAUAAGCGAAGCGAGGAUAUGCAGGAAAGUCGUGAUGCUGAGAUGAAGGAAUAUGUGAGAUGUGCAAUAGUAAACAUAUUUAUGUACAUAUUGCUGGCAUCUCCAUGCAGAAGUGAAAUGGGUGUAUAUUAUGCAUGGUACACAAUGCAACACCUGGAGUCAGGUGAAACUGGAUUAAUUAAAACGGGCAAGUGCCGCCAGGGAGUGUUUGCAGAUAUACACAUCCAGGACUUCCACAUGCAGAAAAUGAUUAAGGCAUGGUUACAGAACAAUGGAACAAUACAAGACACAAUUGCAGGCCAUGCAAUGACAAGCACAUGUAACAAAAGACCACAGGACCUCGUAAGCGGAACACAGGAUGCACAUGCCAUGCAUGCAACAAUACCACUGCAGAAACCCGAGAAGGACGUUAUACAGCAAUUAGGGCACCAGAUCAAGGUCUUGGUUCCGAAGGUGCAACAAGAAGUAAUGCAAUGCGAGCACGACCCUGACGCAUGCAUGGAGCCUAGCGCACACGCCGGCAGUAGCGAUGUCCAGGAUGACGCAAGGCAGGCAACAGUAUCGAACCCUGUCGAAAGCGGUAAACCAGCACGACCGGGCAAAGAGGGCGGCACAGAAUCGUCCACGCCGGCAACACCACAGCAACCGACAGGUAAGGACCGAUGGGGAGAAAGCACGAAUGCGGACAAAUAUGACCGAAUACGGCCGAAUACUCAUGCGGCCCUCAUAUAA